GACGGAAUUUGCUAUGUAAUUGCUAAUUCAUUUGUAUGUAGAUGUCUAUCGGGUUGGACAGGUGCAACAUGUCAAUUAUUUCAAGUUGGUAUUACAUGUGCAAAUAGGCCAUGUAUAAAUGGUGGAACAUGCUUUAAUAAUGGCGAUUCAUACUUCUGCUAUUGUGGACCAACCAAUACUUUCACGGGUACAAAUUGUGAAAUCAUCUCAUCAACAUUAGUACCUAAUUGUCCAUUAAACUGUGCACCUGGCUAUUGUGUACCUUCGGGUUCUAGUACACAUCCAUAUGCUUGUAUGUGUCGUGGUACUUUGCAUCUGACAAGUUGUAAUUGA